AUGGAGCCAGCCCCCGCGCGGAGUGGUGGCGACGCGUCUGCGGCCGAGGCAAACGCUGGCGGGGCAACUGGCGGCAGCAGCAACGGCGGGAAAAGCGGCAGCGGCACCCUUCGUCAUAGUCAUGGCGGCGGUGGCAAACGUAGAGGCAGCGGGCUGCGCCGUGGCGGGGGUGGGGCAGUCCCGUCUGCAACGGCUAACCUGCCUGGCGUGCGGCAGCAGGAGCCAAAGGCAUCGUCUCCACAACGACCACGCCCGCCGCCUGUGACUGCGCUGGAGGGCGCAGAGGAAGAAUCUCGGCUGGUGGUAGCCGUCAGCGACGAGGUCAAACCCGCCAAGGACAACGUCACCGGGCCGGAGCAAGGCUCUCUUGCUGCUGAGGCGGCGGCGCAAGACAGCCAGAGUUUUGCCUGCGAGAGUGAGUACGUCGGUACUGCCGCAGGGACGGCCUCAGCGAAGACCCCCGCUGAGAUUGAGCUACGGCGCAGCGACGGUAGGAGGCAGCGACGACAGUGGUGGUGGUGGCGGCAGCAGCAGCGUCGGCGGCGGAUGCGGAGUCAUAGCCAGCGCGAGAGACAGGACGUGAGGCAGCGCUGCGAAGUGGGAAACCAGGUAAAAACCCCCGCUGGGCCGUACCGCAGUGCGCUCUACCUGAACCCUAGUGUCCGUUGCGUGGGGAGCGACGGGUUGACGUACCGGAAAAGCUUUAAGGACUUGCUUAGGUCGCGUGCCGCGGAGCCGGCAGAGGCCGAUACACCGUGCCUGGGACCCGUAGCUGCACCUUUGUGCGUGCAGCAAUGCUCAAAUGCAAUUGUGGUGGCAGCGCCAGAAAACGAGGAGGAGCCAGUGACGAGUGGGGAGGAGGGGUUGAUGGCGAAGUCGCCGAUGAUCACCUUUACACUGGAUGGUGUGGCGACGCCCAAGACCUUCGCGGUGAUGAAGUGGCAGGAGGCGGAUAUGGCGCUUGCGCCGCUUCCUGCGUCGUCCGCUGCGGCCGCGGAGACGGUGGAGCGCCGGAUGCAGGCAGUACCAGUACGACCACCACGUGCCAUACGCAUGAAGGAGCUGCCACACCAGCAACUCCUGCGCAGCUACGUGAAUGGGUCUUUCCUCUUCUACCAGACGGAGGAGUCCAAGCGGGAGUUCCUGGCGCUCUGUAGAGAGAUCUUGGCGCAGGCGCGGCCUCUUUUCGAGGCGGACCCGCUAUUCCCACGUUUGGUGGCACCCACCUUUGUCUUUGGUGACAUCCACGGCAAUUUUGAGGACUUGGCCUUUUUCUUCCGUCAUGUGCUGAUCUUUCACGACCUGCAGCUCACCCCCGCCAAUAUUCUUUGCCUCGGCGACUACGUGGACCGCGGGCCGUACUCGCUCGAGUGUCUCAUGCUGCUGCUCUCGCUGAAGAUCAGUCACCCGUCGAAGGUGGUGAUGCUGCGCGGCAACCACGAGGACCGGGUGGUGUGCGGCGACGUCUUGACGUAUGGCUCCACCUCCUUCCUGGCGCAGUGCGAGGCGUUGUACGGCCGUGAGGAGGGGCAGCAGCUGUUCAGGGAGACGACAGCCCUGUUUCGCCACUUUCCACUUGCGGCAGAUCUCCUCAUUCCCUCCGUGCCGAACAUUGGCGGCAACAGCAAUAGCAGUAAUAAUGUUAAUACUAAUACUUCCACCACUAAUAACAAAAACAACAACGCGGGUACUCCAGGUGAUGUGGCGAUGUUCCCCACGUCACGAUCACCGGCGCCGCUGGGUCGACGCAGAACGCAUGAAGAGCGCAUAUUGUGCACACACGGCGGUAUCCCGCGCUUUUUUUGCCCGCCCAAGGAGGAUGACAGCAUUGCGUUUCUGCGGCGUGAGGACUUCCCGCGCAUGCUGACCUUGUUCCCAAACAAUCCCUUAGUGCGGGAGGACCCUGAGGCCCAGCUGGAGCUGCUGGAGGCGGCGGGGCAGGCAGGCGUCUCGCAGGCCUCCUCCGCAGCGCCCGCCAUCAGCGAGGCGGCGCUGCGUAAGGCGUGGUACGUCGCGUUUGACCUUAUGUGGUCCGACCCGACAAGCACCGACCCCGGCGACAAGGACGACGAUGCCGACUCCACUGCGGGUGUCGCAUCCGGGGGCGGCCACGCAUGUCUCAACGAGUGGGGCUUUGGCGUGAACAGGCGUGGUAGUAAUGUGCUGACCUUCUCUGCCAAGGCGGUGGACACCUUCUUGCAGGCCCACCAGUAUAGCAUGCUGUUUCGCGCCCACCAAGAGAAGGCGCAUGGACUGCGCCUUAGUAAAAGCAGUAAGGUGCUGACCAUCUUUAGCAGCUCCAACUACCUUGGGCACGGCAACGGUGCGGGGUGCGUGCUGGUGAGCGCCGAUGGUGAAAUUCAGCUUGUGGAGAAGUUGAGUGAAUGA